AUGGGUGCUCUUAAUGAUCAUCUUCUUCCUUUUAAUGAAGAGCCUUCAGUAAAUGAUUCCACUUUAAAGAGCAAAGGAUCAACUUCAAGUGCAGGAACAACAAAAAGGAAGGAAUUGCAUGGGACAACCUGUGUCCAUGGACUCUCUGGAACAUGGGGAUUAAAACUCGAUGGCACUGUUUUUCAAGCUUAUAGAAUACAUUUUACUUGUAAUAUACCUGGUGUGCAUUACUCUAGUUUUGUUCUUUUGAUUGACUCAAAGCUAGAUGAUGAUGUGGGAAGUGUUGAAAUGGAACUUUUCUUACUUUCGAAGGUUGUGAAAUCUUCGGUUUCUUCAUGUGGCAAAAUACAUCUAGAUGCAGAACAUGUUCAAGCAUACGUUUAAAAUAAUUUGCGUUCUGUUUUACGUGAAACACUUCUACUAAUGCCAAAGCAUUCUGUUUUUCCUUGCUAGGUGGUGCGAGCAAUGUGCUUUCAAGAAUUUUUUUUAAUGGGAUAUUUGGGAAAUUAUUUGUUCGAUUGAAAUCAUCAAGAGGAGGAAGAAAAUUUCUACUGCAAGGGGAAUCGUUAUGGAAACCAU